UUAAUGAAGCACAGACACUGCAGGCAGAGAUGCUCACUGCAGUCGUCAAUAUCAAUUUGUAGUUCCUUGCUGAUUUUACAGUUAUUUACAUAGAUUUUAUAAAAUGUCAUGUAACGUAAUCCUGUUUUUUGUUCAUUGGAAGGUAGAGUAAGAUGAAACCAAACAAUUUCAGCCAUACCUAGGCAAAGGGAAUCUUAAAUAUUUAAAAAUCUGUCCGGUUUUGGAAUAAAAAGCAAUGAGCCAUUUUGGAGCCGAAAGAGUCGACUCUUCUUAUUGAAAAAUGAGUCAUUGUGAGCUGGAAGAGGUGACAAAACACAUCAAUGACAAGAUUUCACUCGUCAAGAGGCUCUUAGAGCUGCGAGCAGUAGCAAAAGAUCCAGAUAAGCGGGCAUAUCUGCUCAAAAUCGAGCAGGAUGUCAAUGCCAUAAACGGGCUUCUCGACCGGUUUGAGAGAUACGUCACUCAGCAGAGGGACCUGCUAAAGCAUCUGCAGGACCUGGACAUGUUCUUCCAGGAGGAUGAGCAGAAUGCGCGGCAUCUAUUAGAGAACAUCCCACCACACAUGCCUCGCAAAGGAGGGCAGCCGACAGCCCAAGGAGGACAGACGGCGGCUCCCGGCAAGCAGGCAGAAGUGAAUUCAGCCCCCCAGGAGCAAGAACAGCCCAGGAAGCCCCCACGGAGCCAGAUUAAAGAGAUGGAGUUCAUCACAGUGCAGGAGUUCGACGGCAUCCCACAGUACAUGAAGGGACGCGUGACGUAUGACCAGCUAAACUCUGCUGUAAAAAGCAUCAACACGGCCGUCACUGGGAAAUAUAAAAUCCUUCAGCAGCCUGUCAAGAGCCUGAGUAACGCAGCUCGUAAGCUCCAUCAGCGCUUUAAAGACCAGGAGACCAAGGACACUAAAGGUCAGUUCUUUGUGGUGGAGGAGGACCUGCGUGAACUGGCUCAGCUGAAGGUGGAUAAGCGUUUUGUGGGUAUGUUGAACAUGCUGAGACACUGCCAGAGAUUAAAGGAGCUGCGAGGAGGUGGUCUGACACGCUACAUGCUGCUGUGAUCCUCACGUCAGGAAACCAGUGAAUGUCCAUGCUUCAGAUUUAUAUUAAUAAGAGAGGCAUGCAUUGGUUUAGGAUCUACACGUGCAGAAAGAACUGCUGCUCAAACACAUGCUGGUGUCUGUGAGUUCUCCUAAAGCUCUCCAAAGACAAUCAUGUUCCACCUGUAAUAGCAUUGUGGGCUUCUUCUGAACAUCCUCCCAAAGACCUUCACAUCACAACUGCUGUCAAAGUGCAUCAUUUUUUCAUGUUUUUUUUCACAUUUUAAUGUACAUUUAUAAUUCUGUAAAUAAAUUUAUUAACACAA